GCGCAGGAUCGAGCGCGUGUCAAAUGGAACAAUGUAACGGAUCAGAGUUGACAGCCUCAAUCGAGAGGUUACUGAUUAAUCUCGGUCCGGAUCCAUAACCAUAGAUAAGGGCUCGAGAUCCGCCUGAAUGACGGGAGAAUGACCGCAGGUCCGCAUUGAGCAUUUUAGUGUCUUCUUUUCAAGGUAGGCGCAAGAGGAAAUUUGCUUUGAAUGGGGAACGUAAUUUGCAUGCUACCCAAGUUCAGGCAGGAUCUUACACAAGCCUGGAGACGGGGAACGCACCUGCCUCUCUCCCUCGACCUGUAGACUCAUUCAUCAGCACCAGCCGUCUUGAAUGGGAUAAACUAUCUCCAGAGAUCAGGUGAACAGCUGAUCUAAACUUAAGUAAGAGCCUCAAGCUUCUUAAUUUCUUCUUAAUUGACACUUUACAUCCAAAGGCCUCCGCAUGGUACUCUGGUCGAAAGAUCAAGACAAACUGUCCGACAUGUCCGCCGGGACGGAAAGGAUAGAGAUGAAGAAGGAGGGGGCGCCGCCAGCGUUCCACCACUCCAACGGGUCGGUCCAUCCGGUUAUACUACCCGACAACCCCGAGGAGGUGCCGCAGACCCCCGGGGAAUAUGAACUCACAGAGGUGACCUCCAUACCGGACCGCAGUGAUCAGGAGAACGAGCGGCCGGACAUGGUGGUCCUCGACUGUCGGGCCAACGCAAAGGGCCAGAGGGAAGAGGACGCGCUCCUGGAGAAUGCCAGCCAAAGCAACGAGAGUGAUGACACUAGUACGGACCAAAGCCCGGUGCCGCCGGCUCCACUAAAGGAAACAUCCUUUUCUAUUGGACUCCAGGUUUUGUUCCCUUUCCUGCUGGCAGGGUUUGGGACAGUUGCAGCUGGCAUGGUUCUGGACAUUGUUCAGCAUUGGACGGUAUUCACAGAGGUGACUGAAGUCUUUAUCCUGGUGCCUGCUCUCCUGGGCCUGAAGGGGAACUUGGAGAUGACCCUCGCAUCCAGACUGUCUACCUCGGCUAAUAUUGGACAAAUGGACACAGCCAAGGAUAUGUGGAAAAUGAUCAUGGGAAACCUCGCACUAAUUCAGGUUCAGGCCACAGUGGUCGGCUUCCUGGCUUCCAUCGCCGCAGUCAUUUUUGGCUGGAUUCCAGAGGGGAAUUUUAAGAUUGGCCAUGCCGUCCUGCUGUGUGCCAGCAGCGUGGCCACCGCAUUCAUCGCUUCUUUGCUGCUAGGUAUUAUCAUGAUCGGGGUUAUAAUUGCAUCCAGGAAGGUUGGCAUCAACCCAGACAAUGUGGCCACCCCCAUUGCAGCAAGCCUCGGUGACCUGAUCACCCUGGCGCUGUUGGCUGGCAUCAGUACGGGCCUGUAUAAGGAGCUCGAAUUCAACGAUUAUGCCAACCCAAUGGUCUGUGCCUUCUUCGUCGCCCUGACACCCAUCUGGGUACUUAUCGCCCGGCGGAUACCUUCCACCCGGGAAGUGCUGUACUCAGGCUGGGAGCCAGUCAUUAUAGCCAUGGCGAUCAGCAGUGUUGGAGGCCUCAUUCUGGAUAAGACAGUAUCUAACCCCAACUUUGCUGGAAUGGCAGUUUUCACUCCUGUCAUCAACGGUGUGGGCGGCAAUCUGGUGGCGGUUCAAGCCAGUCGAAUCUCCACCUACCUGCACAUGAAUGCCUUGCCCAUAGCAGAACCGAACCCAGCCCCACAGAAAUGUCCCACUCCCUGGAGCUCGUUCUUUGGCUCAGGUGUCAACGCACGUUCUGCCAGAGUGCUCUUCCUCCUGGUCGCUCCUGGUCAUCUGGUCUUCCUCUACACUAUUAACUCUAUGCAGGGUGGACACACCACUCUCACCUCUGUCUUUAUUGCAUUUUAUCUGGCCGCAGCUCUGCUUCAGGUUGUGAUCCUGUUGUACCUUGCAGACUGGAUGGUAAACUGGAUGUGGCAUCGAGGGAUGGACCCCGACAACUUCUCUAUUCCCUACUUGACCGCCCUGGGAGACCUGCUGGGGACGGGCUUCCUGGCUCUGUGUUUCCACAUCCUGUGGCUAAUUGGAGAUCGGGACACAGAUGUGGGUGAUUGAUCCACACUGCUUCCUUUGACUCUGUCCAAGCAACACAAACGUCUUUAUUUAUAAUGCCACAUAGAGAAAUAAUAUCUAUAUUGUUAUGGCUACCAUGAUUAUAUUGAUGACAAUUUUGCUUUAGUAUUGAUAUGUCAUUUCGUUGUUGUUUAGCUACCGGGAGAACAACAAUCCUCAUUAUUUUUCAAUGGGGAUGUUCGGCCCGAUUUUACGGCCAGUCACGUUGGCUGCAUGUAAAGAUGGCAUCGACCUAAACUUGAAAUAUUUCACAAGAGGCAAACGAACAUAGAAUGCUAAAUCACCAAGAGCUACAAAAUAGUGAUUUGAUGGCGGCACUCACAGCCUUUGCCAAAUACAGACAAAAAUAAACUAAAUAUUUGGACCAUCACAGAGUGACCUAAAUAACAUUUCAGGCUAGAGACUGAAAGAGUCACUUAAGUCUUAAUAGCAGAGACUAAAUCUCAAAGGGGACCUUUUGACGAUAAAACAUGCAGUAAAACACAUAGAAAAAAAGCCCUAUUUAACACACAAUGCUACGUUUUCAGGAUCUAAAUUUGCUUUAGUAGCUCUGCUUAUGGUUACAGAGAGAGAUAGUAACCUAAAGUGCUUUAUUGUUUCAUUGAAAUCCCUGAAAUACUCAAGUUGUGCAAUGAAAAGGGUUCAUGGGUUGUUUACGCUCAACACCUAAAGGAUAAAAUAUCAGACUUUGCCUCAUUUGCGUAGGUACAUUUCUGUUACGUACACAACAGUUUCACCCAAUCAAAGGCCCGUAAGUUUGCUUUAAGCUUCUCGGGCCGUUAUUAUGAAGUCCUUAUCCGUUAAUCUCCAAAAUCUCUUCUGUGGACUCAAAAUAUUGGGACAGUUCAUGUAUUUGUAGUGAUGGUUAUUUUAAGGGCUGUGAGUUAGAAAAUGUCAGUCAUGACCCUUUUUUUAUCAAACCAGAAAUCAUAUUUGACAGUGUGCUUUUAAAGGCUUUCCAAAUCCCAAUGAAUAUUCUAUUAUAUAGAGUAUAUAUACAGUUGACCCUUUGCUAAGCUCCGCCUCCCUGAAUGAACUAUGAUUUUUAGUUAAAUGGGCUCACAAAGUGUUCAAAAUUAACUGGAAAUUAUUCUCAUGUGAGUUGAAAGGAAGUGCAUUGCAAAGCACUUUAUCUGCCGUUUUCCUUUAAAGAAAUUAAAUUACCCAGUAACAAAAAAAAUGCAGAGCCUGCAAUUACUUUAUGGAUAGGCUAUAUUUUUGCAUAAUAUCUGUUAAAGGCAGUCUAAAACUACACUGUAAAAUAAUUUUUCAAAGCUGUGAAAGGUUACUGGAGUAUGUUUUACAAGAAAAUACUCUUUCAAUCUUUCUACUUCAAAAUGUCAGGCUUCAGUGUGCUACUUGCUAUUUCUUUGUAAUUAUUCAUGAAAUUUUGCAGUGUCUGAGAGAAAAUAGUUAAAUCCUACUCCAAUUUUGUAACAUCUAAGCCUGUUUGUUUUAACGCAAAGCUUAGCGAAGAGUCAAUUGGUGAAUUCAGUUAAUUUUAACGGAAAAAGCACCUGCUCAUUGACAAGAAGUAUGAAAUGCUCUGCCUCAAAAGCCUUUUUACAAUAGGACCUUAGUAUUUCUGUAGAAUUAUGCAAAAAAUGCUUAUAAAAAGGGCUAUUUAGACAUCUACACCUCUGUACCACUGCAUGCUAGCUAAAAAAAAUUUUAAAAAAAAUUUAAAAGUGCUGUUGAACCGGCUCUCCGAAUAUGAUAUUUGAUUAAAUUCCUCGAAAGAGUUUAUUUCAUACCGAAGAGGAGAGAGGUUUCGUUUUGAAUGUUUUUAUGAGAUUAACGCCACUCAGAAACACUUGAAAGGCUAACAGGAUUGCUAGCAGCUAAUCUGUACCUCAGUUCUCGGCCAUAAAAUCUCUAAUCAGUAGCUGACAGUAAACUAAUGUAUAUUUUAAUAACUAGCAAGGCCUUAUAAAGCAGCUUACCUCCAGUUAUGGACAGUGUGUUAAUUGUUAGCCUGCCAUUGCUAAAGGGCUGCGUAGAAACAUUGCUUAAUUCGUGCACAUUUGAUAUAAUUCACGAUAUAUUAAACACACCCCCUUUGUUUUUACUUUACACUUUGUUUUUGUUUUCUGACAUCUUAAAUGUCUGUUUUCUUUAAUUGUGCCGGUGUGUUAAUGCGUUUAAUGUCACAAUAGAUCACUGUGCACAAGAUGUACUGUAAUGUCAGAGUUUGCCACAAGAGGUCGCGCUUGUGCAAGGAGAGCAUGCAGCUCCAGUGUUUAUACCACAAUUAUGCGUUCAAACAUCACAAAUAUUACUGCGCAACUGAUCCGGUGCUGCCAUUGUACCAUGACAGCUCUCUAUAGUUGUGAAUAUUUCUUCAGGGGAUGGGAGGCUUUGUUUAUUUAUUUCUAUAGAUGUGACAAAGCUAUUUGUAAAUAAUAUAUUUAUUCUAUAAAUGUUUAUUUUUCAUUUUGUUGCAUUUUUCUUUGCAUUGGACCAGUAGAGAUGUUUACUGUACGUUUAUCAGUAAUUUUUUUUUUCUUCUUAACAAAUAUAUCAAAGUUUGGUGCCUAAUAUUCCAGCAAAACCUCACACUCGAUCUGGUUCGGUGAAUUGAGCAUAAUAUGCCUUAACAAAUCACAAGCAAGGCUUGACACAUAGGUAUUAUAGGUAUUCUGAUUUGUCUUGUUUUCUAUGAGAUUUUUUUAAUUAAUGAAGUUGAUUUUCAUAUUGUAUUCUGUUGAUUUGUGUACACAAAUCAUCCCAUCUGUUGUAUUCUUCCAGGGCAGAUGUAUCGGUGGUAAAGUUAUCCAAAGCAAAACCACUGAGAUCCCCAUGAGUUUUAGAGGAAAUUAAUAUUUACUUGUGGGUUGUCUAAUUUGUCACAUAUUCCCUCUAAUCUAUAAUCUGCAUGUAACUUCCUACAAGAAAACGUAACCUUCCUUGAGUUAAAUUGGCCUUGAGGAUCAGAUCCCAGCCUCUCAAGCAAAACUAAAGCAAACUUACCAGAUUAUCCAAGAGUGUACAGCUAGUAAUGGUAACUGGUUAUCUGAGUUCGAUUUCUUCCCCAUCAGUUUCUGCCCCAGCUGCUUCAAUCUGACACUGUUAAGGGGACCUAACAGAGGUACUUGUAAAUUGCUGGAAAUAAAAGAUUAUAUUAUUUCGUA